UGUGUGAGAGUGUGCGUGCGUGCGUGUCUGAAUGCCAACAAGUUAAUAUUAUUUUUAUUUUUUUAUUUGUCCCCAAGCAUCUUUGAAUUAAGCUCCGGAAGUAAGCCGGGGCUACGGUGAGUGAGGCAUCUUUCAGAGCCGCCUGAGGAACGGGCGAAAAAAAAGACUUUCCACAACAACGGCGACUCUAAUGAACUCGAAAAUAACAAGUUUGCUUCGCGGAGCCUUUGAAAACAAGCCACAUCCACGCAGUGUAACUAAUUUCGGCGUAUCAUUCUUUGGACACUAGCUAACUUGGAGCUAGAGUGUUGCAGCUGCUCGUGCCGUUGUUUUUUUUUUGUUUUUUUUUUGAGGUUGGCAGUUUGCAGUCAAGUAAUAGUCCCGUGUGCCUUCUUUUUUAAAGGUGUCACGUCGUUCAUGUUAAUGAAGUCGUAGUAGCCGUCACGGUAACAGUAAUAACACGUAAUUGUAGGGGAUAAGCCAUAAGCUACUCAGAGGAAGAAAAAAAUGCUAAAGACGCUGACGAAGAAGCUAAGAAGACACUCGCUCAACGAGAUACAUCCUUUCCAACUGAAGAUUUCUUACCAUGGCUGUGGAGAGGGAGGGGAGAGUGACGACUCAGAGGGGGAGAACCAGGAGCUUGCACAGAUUGACAGAGAGAGACGGAGAAACUGUGCCCUCACACCCUUGGCAACCAGCCAGCAGCACAACCAGGGCCCCCUCUCUCCAGCCCGGUUACGACGCCUCCGCCUCCUCUUAGAUGCCAAUCUGGAUCGCCACUCCUCAGAGGAGGAGCUCGAGCGGAUCAGCCGCGGCGACAACAGGAAGUGGGUGUCGGCGCUUCCCCAGCGCCACGGUGACCACCACAGCAGCGCCUCCAGCGACGAGGAGGUGCGGGACCUCUGCGGCUGCGGGUCACCCGCCGCCUCCGCCAGGCCACUAGCGGAGCCGGGCGCCUGCCUGGCCGCCUCCCCGAGCCCCGUACUCUUCAGCUCCAGUCCACCGCGUAGCCUCAAGCCACCCCCCAUGCGCUUUCAGCUGCAGGCUCGGCCCAUCAUUUUGACCCACUUUGACCAGUCAGCACCUUACAGGAAGUAUCGGCACAGUUACGGCGGGGAGCCGGGGAGGCCCAGUCUGGAUCUGGAGAAAAUGCAACAGAAAAUGCUGCUGAAAAAGAACUGUGGAGGGAAAACGCGGACUAUAAAGAUUCGGAGUCUGACAGGCAGUCGUCCUCCACCCAGGUACACCUACGACCCCUCCAUCUUCGCAUUCCGCUCCUUGAGCGCGGUGCCCCCGUCUGAGGAUCCUCCCUGCUCGUAAGGAAGUUCACCCACCACCAGAUGAUCCUCUCCCCUCCCCUUCUCUCUCCAUUCCUAGACAGCUGCUUUUUUUUUUGGUGGCUUCUGCGGCGAGUCCGAGGAGCGACUGUUUAUGAAACCGACCGCCAGAAAAGACUUUUUUUCGACGGUCAAACUAUUGCACACUCAGGUAAUCCCCCCUGUAAAACAAAGCUGUCACUUUUGAUCAUCGUUCUCCCCCAUGAAAUCAACGGGAACAUUCGGAGAAUAAGAAUGGGCCUAAACACAACAUUUCUAAGGAUGCUGCAGGUAUUGCGAAUGUCUCUGAAAAAGAUCUUAUGAUCGGACGAUCCAGAAACAAACAUGGACUGCAGGUCAAAAGGCGGUACAAAGGGACGAGGUGAAGCCUUUUGAAACCUGAAAUUGGUUCUGGGUUAAUCAACAUUCGAGGGAAAUAAUGCAUGCAAGACAAUCAACCGGUUCCGAGGUUUCCUCUUUGAUGUGAUUACUGGACAUCUUGUAAGGUUCUUAGUAACUUCAUGUACUAAACAUGGCGACGUGAGUCGUC